AUGGCAGCACCGACUCCUGACGACGAGCUCCUCCUCAUUCUCCUCCGCAACCUCCGCAACGCAGCCGCGACAUUCGGCAAAGGAACUCCCCCGUACGAAGGCAUCAAGACCAUCGUCGAAGACCAUCUCCAAUCCAUGAAGAAGAAAGGCCUCAGCACGAACCUCACCGGAGCACGCCAACAGGGAGCCGCAGGUUACUCACAGCCUCCAUCCUCCGCCGAGGAAACUGAGGCGAGAGAGCUGUCUGGACUUCUCGAGAAUCUCACUUUGCAGACGAAGAAGACCGGAUGA